ACUUAUUUUCCACGAAGUUGUUCACAUUUUCAAAAUGCUUCCGCUAGGAGUAUUUAAGAGUUUGAACAUUUCAUACAAUCUCAGUGCUUAACGAUCAGUAAUCCAACAUGUUUGUGAAAUUGGCGCUACUUUCUGUUCUAGUUACUCUCGCAGUUACAGUCAAAAAUACCAUUGCACAAAGCAAUGAAUUUAAUUCGAAGGUAUUGUUUCCUGAUUCCUUCCUGACCAUUCCUGAUUUGAGCGCAAUCAAGUCAAAUAUGCAAGAGCUCAAUUCCAAGAUCGAGGGUUUAGAGAAAACUGUACAACGAAUUGAAACUCGAGUUACAAUUUUACCAUCGCCGUCCCUUUACGAGGCAAGAAAUUUACCACAAACGUGUGCGGAAAUAUCGGAUCUCGAAUCGGGACUGUAUCGCAUUCAGCCACAGGCUGGAUUUUCCGAUGCCUUCGAAGUUUAUUGCGAGCAGCAAUACGAGCGUGGCGGUUGGACGGUCAUCCAAAAUCGAUAUGAUGGUUCGGUUAAUUUUUUUAGAGGUUGGAAGGAAUACGAAGAUGGCUUCGGGGAUCUCCGUGGAGAGUUUUGGCUGGGAUUGAGGAAAAUACAUGAACUGACGUACGUUAAACGGCACGAGCUGCAUGUUGUACUGGAGGACUUUAAUGGGACAAUUGUGACGGCGCAGUACGACCGGUUUAUAGUAGAGGGGUCAGAGAUGAAGUAUAAUUUGAACAGUUUGGGAAACUACACUGGAACUGCAGGAGAUUCACUUGCCCUGCAUUUGGGAAACAUGUUUACGACUAUUGAUAAAGACAAUGAUUGGUGGAAAAACGGUAAUUGUGCACAAUAUAAUAGAGGAUGUUGGUGGUAUAAUAACUGCGGCAAUAGUAAUCUGAACGGGCUGUAUCGGGAAGGAACAGGGCAAAACAUUCUCCAUGUUAUGUUUUGGUAUGGCUUUCCUGGAUCUACCAACGGAUUAAAACGAUCGCGAAUGAUGAUUAGACCUUUUAAGAACAUUUAAAAUACUUGUACGGAUUAUCGGAAUAAUUUUUUUAAGCUCUGAAU